AUCGCAAAUGAAACAGAGCUUGCUCACAUCAUUAUUGAAUUAGAUACAAAAAAAACUCGAGACCAAUGGCGGAGGAUCAAGCAACGGCGGUGAUGGAACCAUCGGCGGUGGAGAAGCAGCCGGAGACGGCAGGAGCUGAAGCACCGACAGUGACAAUAACAAAAAGGAUGAUGGUUGCUAUCGACGAGAGUGAUUCGAGCUUCUAUGCUCUGCAAUGGGUCAUUGACCAUUUCUCUAACCUUUUAAUGACCACUGAGGCGGCUGAAGCGGAAGGUGGCUUGCUCACGGUGGUUCAUGUGCAGUCUCCGUCCCAUCACUUUGCAGCUUUUCCGGCUGGACCCGGCGGCGCAACAGUCUACGCAUCUUCGUCGAUGAUAGAGUCAGUGAAAAAAGCACAACAGGAGGCCUCUGCAGCCCUUCUCUCGCGUGCACUCCAAAUGUGCCGAGCCAAGCAGAUACGUACUGAAACUCUGGUACUUGAAGGCGAGGCAAAGGACAUGAUUUGCCAGGCGGUGGAGCAAAUGCACGUUGAUCUUCUCGUUGUGGGUAGUCGUGGCCUUGGCAAGAUCAAAAGAGCGUUUAUUGGGAGCGUUAGCGAUUACUGUGCUCAUCACGCCAACUGUCCCAUCCUUAUUGUGAAGCCACCAAAGGAGAUAACUACUUAAGUAACAAGUUCUACAUGUUUGGUAUGAUCAUAUCUUUGUGAGUUGUGUGCAAGUACGUGUGCGCUUAAUAAUGUUUAACAUGAAUGGAUGUGAAAUGUGAUAUCAUGAUUAAGUGAAUGUGUCGAAGAGUGAUGUCAGUUACAUGAAUCGGGUCAUAUAAAUGCAGCUAUGUAACUAGUAAUAUGUUCGGUGUUCACCUGUUAUUGUAUUAUUCCUUGUAAUCAUAUUGAAGAAGCUUUGUGAUUA